GUGCAAGGAAAACAUCGUUGGGGAAGGCGGAUCAGUCUGUAAGGAUCGGAGCUACAGCAAGAGGGGGUGGAAAGGGGGAGAGGCGACCCAGCAGCAGCAGCAGGCGCUGGGAGAGAAAAGAGGAGGCGGCAUCGUUGCAGAAUAACAGGAGGUGAAGAAGAGGUUCCUGCUGCUUUCCUGUGAUCCUGCAAGCCAGGGUCAUCGACGAGUGUCAAGAUGGCCACUUCAUCCUCUUGCAAUGUGGAAGAGGAUGAGAGUCUGAAGGGUUGUGAACUGUACGUUCAGAAGCAUAACAUCCAGCAGAUUCUCAAAGAGUGCAUUGUCAACCUCUGUAUAGCCAAGCCCGACCGGCCUAUGAAAUUCUUACGAGAACAUUUUGAGAAACUGGAAAAGGAAGAAGGCAAACAGAUUCAGGCUUGGCAGAAAUCUGGUUCUCAGGCAGAGUCUCAUGAUGACGAGAUAUCUCCUCCACCUCCAAAUCCAGUGGUCAAAGUACGGCGUAGACGAGGAGGCGUCAGCGCUGAGGUGUAUACCGAAGAAGAUGCUGUUUCUUAUGUUAGAAAGGUGAUACCAAAGGACUAUAAGACCAUGACUGCCCUAGCAAAGGCCAUCUCCAAGAAUGUUCUGUUUGCCCAUCUUGAUGAUAAUGAGAGAAGUGACAUCUUUGAUGCCAUGUUCCCUGUGACGCACAUUGCUGGGGAGACGGUCAUACAGCAAGGUGACGAAGGAGACAAUUUUUAUGUGAUUGACCAAGGAGAAGUGGAUGUGUAUGUCAAUGGAGAUUUGGUUACCAACAUCAGUGAAGGAGGUAGCUUUGGGGAACUGGCGCUCAUCUAUGGGACUCCAAGGGCUGCGACUGUCAAAGCUAAGACAGACCUCAAGCUUUGGGGCAUCGACCGGGACAGCUACAGACGCAUUUUAAUGGGAAGUACAUUAAGAAAACGGAAGAUGUAUGAAGAAUUCCUCAGCAAGGUCUCCAUUUUGGAAUCACUGGACAAAUGGGAACGAUUGACCGUCGCAGAUGCCCUAGAACCGGUACAGUUUGAAGAUGGAGAAAAAAUCGUGGUGCAAGGUGAACCUGGAGAUGACUUUUUCAUCAUCACGGAGGGUACGGCAUCUGUCCUUCAGCGUAGGUCUGCUAAUGAGGAGUAUGUUGAAGUUGGGCGGCUUGGACCAUCGGAUUAUUUCGGUGAGAUCGCCCUUUUGCUCAACCGGCCCCGGGCUGCAACCGUUGUGGCGCGUGGGCCCCUGAAGUGCGUCAAACUGGACCGCCCGCGCUUUGAACGAGUACUUGGCCCGUGUUCGGAAAUCCUCAAGAGGAACAUCCAGAGAUACAACAGUUUCAUUUCCCUCACUGUUUAAGUUCUUUCUGUUUGGGGUUUGCUGCCUUCACGUUAAAACUCGUGCACUUAAAAAAAAAUUGACCCGUGCCGUUCCAUAGCUUUAUGAAGAAAGCAGGAUGUAUUGCAUUUUAUGUAUUUUACUUUGUUUUAAAUGUUCAUGUCACUGGAUGUCCAAUUUUUUUGUCUCAUUAAAGAGGGCAGGCAGCGGAGAUCUGGAUGCGUGUGGCUUUGGGGAGCCAUUUGGAGUUCUCAAUUUAAAUUGCAUUCCAGUUGGUCAUUGUCACCAGAGCCCCAAAAUAUUGUCCAUUAAAAAGAUAAAUAAAGGCCACAUAGGUACCUCUUUCUGCAUUUAUUUGAGCUAGUUUUGCUAAAAAGCCGGCAACUAGUUUGUCAUCCUGUUAUAAAAAGUAUAGUCUUAAAUAUUCAAGGUCUCACGUUACAAAAGACCCCCCUUAAUAUUUAAUUGGGAAUUUGUUCAUGAAGAGGGCCACAAUACAGCAGAAAUUAUGUCACACAACUCCAGUGUACUCAAUAAGGUGGAGGUAUAUUCUUCUUGAACACGACCGGUAUUUAAAACCAAUGAUCACAAAAUGCAAGGGGAAACCUAUGCCCGGAGCAUCCAUCCGUGUGAAGAGGUAUCUGUUGGUUUGUUUCCACUUUGCUUUGGGGCUGUUAAUGACAUGUGCUUGGGUAGGUACCAGCACAUGGCAGAAACCGUUUUCUCCAUGUCAUAAUCUUUUCUCCAUGAUGUCCUGCCUCAAGGGUACCAUCGCUCACAUCUGGGUCCAGUGUUUGACAUGAGAGUAACCCAGUGGUGAGACUCCCUUUGACGUCAGUCAGCAUGGGACACCUUUGUCAGACUUGGAUCCGAUACAUGAUGAUGUCAUGCAGAGAGCAACAGGAUUUCCAAAUUUCUAAACUGGGCCGGGAGGGGUUUGUGUGUGUUGUUUCCCAUAUUUCUAAAUAAAACAGGAGACCAAACUAAUAAAAUAUAUUCUCGCACAGGCUUUCAUGAGUCAGAGCUCAUGUCAUGAGAACCAGUGCAGUGUAGUGGUUAGAGUGUUGGACUAGGGUCUGGAAACUCAGGUUUGAAUCCCCACUCUGCCAUGGAAGCACAUUGGGUGAUCAUGGGCCAGUCACACACUCUCAGCCUAGCCAACCUUGCAGGGCUGUUGCAUGGGGGGAAACUGGAGGAGCGGAGAAUGAUAUUAACUGCUUUGGGUCACCAUUGGGGAGAAAAGCAGGAUAUAAACGAAGUAAAAUUUAAAAAUGAACAAGAUCACUAGAUGCAUUGAAGUGGAAGUCCGUUAUGUAGAUGCUUUUAUAUUCACGACAAGUGGCCCUUAUCCACUCUUUUUUACGGGAUCUUGUUUUAAACUGGCCUCUCUUUUGUAACGUCUCUCCUUCUACCAUUCUGUUGUGGCUAUAAAAGACACCCAUACUGUGCCUGUCUUUUUUUUUUAAGUAGGGAAAAUCCAGUUGACUGUAUUGUGCCAGGUUUUCUUCUUGUAUGGAAAAAAUACACUCGACCUUUUUUGACCUUUUUCCAGUAAGGAAAAAGACAGGCCUAAUAAGAGUGGCUCUUUUUUCCCUACCAAAGCUAAAAGCAACCCGGGGAGGAGCAGUGUUGCUCAGGGAAAUGGCACCAAAGGGAAAUUAAAGUCUCCCUUCUCUAGCACCGGGUCCAUGUAAUUCAGCCCUCGCUGAUAUCCUGUCAGUACGGUAUCUUUUACUUGGAAGAAGAGUUUCUGAUUUGUUCCCAUGCAUUUUUAUUGAUUGCUGUAAUCUAUAUUUAUUGUGCUUAUUUAUAAUCUCUGACACUGUUUUUUGCAUGUGUAGAAAAUGUGGAAAAUAAGAUGCCGUGUGACAUGACUGGUGAUUAAAGAGCAUCAUCUUAAAAAAGAUUUUGAGAAAGCGAAUAUAUGCUGUAAUGAUCAUAUAAAAGUCAUUUCCUGUGAUGUGUUAUGUUAUUUUGUUCUGUGUACAUUUUUUUUUAAAAAAGGAAAACUUUUUUUAACAAAAAGGUAAUGUUUUAUCACUCCUUUUGCUGAGCUUAUUGCAUUUCUGUGGUAAAAAAAAAUAUGAAACGGGUGUAAUAUACAGAAAACUUCUGAUCACUGUUGCAUUCUAGGCAGUAUCAGACACCCAGUGUGGAAGUUUGCAGAAGAAUGGGUACAAUUGAACAAAAGUUGUAUCCCAUUGAAUUGGACAGGGAUUAAGGCCAGAUGAGGCACUGUGAGAGCUCCCCCUCUCUUGUAAAUCUUACGCAAGUAAUUUGUGACGUUACAUCUUUGCAUUGCGCAGCCUUGCCUCAGGUCAUGCAUUGGCAGAGGGAAGUGCUCUUCAAAAUGGAUGCUAUGAAGCAAGGGAGAGAAGAGAUGAAGAAUGGCAGCUCCUCCAGAUCACUUGUAGCGUUGGCCCUAAAGCAGUCUUGUAAAGAGCCACUUGCUUGGUCACUUAUAGUAAUGAAGACUCGCCUCUAGACAACCAGGCAGGAAAAUUUUUAGAUACUGAAAUGGAAUGUGGCUCUUCUCCCCCCCCCCCCGCCCCCGCAAUGCCCCCUCUGCAUUAAAAUCAACAAACGAUUCCUGGAUGUGCAAAAAACCCACAAAAGAUGGGGGAAGUAUUUUGUUCCUGAUCUGUUUCAAGGUCUGAUGGUUUUACUCUCCACACAUCAGGAAUAAAAGAAUGUUUAACUCUUAAUACUUGCUACAUAUUCUCUAACAUGUUUAGGGGAAGAGGGGCAGCCUGCAGCUAUUUCAAUCAGAAAAGCUAAUAUUGUGUGGAAUAGUAACUUUGGUGUCCAUCUUUAAAAGGCUGAACUGACGAAGACAAAUAGGUAAGUAUUAUUGGUUUCAGGGGGGCUUUAGAGUACCCUUAUUUAUUUAUUUUUUGCUAUAUUGCACCCAUUAUUUUCAAAGAAAUCUGACUUUUGGCCAAAACCAAAUGUCCAUAAUUGUCGUAAAUGUUCCAAAGAAAAGCAAAACCAUUGACCGCUGGAGUUCAUUCAGUGUAACCAAGACAAGCAAUGCUCUUCUGUUGUACUUUCAAGACAACUGAUCAGGACA